GCUGGCGGUGGGAUCAAAGGGAGUUGCAAGUCUGGUCUGUGUUACCGCCUUUUCACACCGCAUGCAGAAAAGGCUGCGUUUGGGGUGGAGAAGUUCACAAUUAGCCGCCCCUCGCUCGUGACCGCAUCUUGCUGAGAGUCAGUCCCCGAGUCCGACCUACAGCGAACAGAAUCACCGAGCGACGACAAGCCAGUCCUCCGACACUACGUCCACCCGACCCCGAUGGCCGCAGCACUCGCCGCCUACCCACAGAACACGCAGUUUUUCCACCAGCCCGGAGCUGAGCUUCAGAAGCCGUCUCCUCUCGCCAUGCUGGCAGCGACUUGUAGCCGCAUCGGGAACGGUCCUGUCCCGUCCGAGUUGGAGCAGCACCGGCUCUUCCACCCGUGGUCCACGGCGAUGUCCUCCUUCACGCCCGCCGCGUCUGUGACGGUCUCCGCUCCGACCUACGUCGCGCCCUCGUACGGGACGCACGAGCUGCCGCUAACACCGCCAGCCGAGCCCGGGACGCCGUCCUUCCACUACGACAUGAUGAAGCUACAGAGCGGGUACCUCCACGCCGCGCCCGCUCUCAGCCUCCCGCCGGCGCUCUCCACCGCCUCUUCCGCGUUCAGCUCGGCGCCGAUCCCGGUGAUGUCCAGCCCGACAAGCUUCUCCUCUUCACCGACACACUGUAGCGAGGAAUCCCUGCCAUGGUGGAGCAUCCAGCCGUCCGUGAAGCCACACAUGGCCCCUUCGUUCAUGCGGCCUCCCCUCAUGGCUUCCCCGGCCGAACUUUGCCAGUAUCCCGCCCAGUUAGCCGGGGUUCUACAGAAGCCGACCAUCGCUACCGCCCGCCGGUGCAGGCGCUGCCGCUGCCCGAACUGCCAGAACUCGACCGCCGGGUCCCCAAACAAGAAGAAGCAGCACAUCUGCCACAUCCCCGGCUGCGGGAAGGUGUACGGGAAGACGUCGCACCUCAAGGCCCACCUCCGCUGGCACACAGGGGAGAGACCGUUCGUCUGCAACUGGUUGUUCUGCGGGAAGAGUUUCACGCGCUCCGACGAGCUCCAGCGGCACCUCCGUACCCACACCGGGGAGAAGCGCUUCGCCUGUCCCGACUGCGGCAAGCGCUUCAUGCGGUCGGACCACCUCGCCAAGCACGUCAAAACACACGCGCAGAAGCGGGCCGGCAAGCCAGACUCCCCCGACAGUCUCACAUCGUCUGACGUGGAAAACAACGAGCAGAACACACACAUCGACGUACAAGAAGACUAGAAAAUGAACUCUGAGUAACUACAAGUGCCAAAGACUUGCCCUAUGAACUGUUCUCCCUAAACAAAGCCUUCGAUAGAAGUGCGAUGUUUAGAAGAUGUUGUAGAAACUGUACAUAUUGUAUAUACCAAAACAGAGCCUUUUGACCACUUAUGUAAGAUAAGAAAAACCAGAGAAACGUUAUUUUGUGAUAUUUUUGUUACGUGAGAGAAGAAAGAGAGCGAGGACUUGGUCCUUUUGUAACGUGUUAUUAAGUUGUGUUCGUUUUCUAGCAGUCAAUAUUCACAGUAUGACACAAAAUACAAUCUAUGUAUCGCAUUUGCUACCUAAUUUCUAUCCUAUAUAUUCACUACAAACCCACCACAACGUACCAGUUUAAAAUACUAUCAAAGUAUUGACCUAGAUAACACAGUUCUACCUUUGACUGCUUUUAUUCUCAUGAAUAAACCGUCCGAAUGUUCACAUCAA